AGAAGAAGCAUGACAUAUUGGGCAUUUUUUUUGUGAGGAUGGCCCUUAUAAUCAACCAUGUGGAUUUUUAUUUUUUGAUUUGACAAAACCAUAAAUGGAAAACGCUUCUCUUUCUCUUUCUUUGUCUUUAUAGGUGUAUAUCUGUCCUAAGAUUAGCCCUUUUCAGGUUAACAAACUUUUGAACAUGUCUACCACCACCAUUUGAAGAAAAAAGAAAUCCCAUUUUCAGGCUUCAUUAUUGCAAAAACACCAGGAAAAAAAAAAAUCAAAAUUUUAGGAGAAACAAACAAAACAAAAAUCCUCCCUCAUUUGGAACCUUCUUCAUCCUUUGCCAAACCAAUAUCAUUAACCCCUCAAAUUCAAAUAUACCUUUAAAAUGGAUGAUGAUAAAGACAAAUUAAUCUUGAUUCAAGCUUCAUUUAUUUAAUCUCUAUUAUUCAAAAUUCCUACACCUUAUGUUUUGAUACAAACAAAUGCCUGUGUCGGAUCCUAGUUCUGGCCGCGCGUUCAUAUGGCUUGUAACAUGUCUUUUAUUCAUCUCUUUAUUAGCAGGAGGUGUGUGCCUUGGUGCAUACAUGCUCCUUCCUGAAUCUGAAACUUCAUCUUGGAUACCUGUAGCCGGUGUCGUAUUUGUUUGUCUACCAUGGGCUUUUUGGUUUCUCACAUGUUUAUAUAGAAUUUUCUCAAGGUGUUUUGGAUUGAGAGUUGGAGCAGGAAUCGCUAACGGUGGAGGCGGAGGUGGAGGAAAUUGGGGUGGUUCAACUACACCUAGGAAUGGAGAUGUUGAGGUUGCAACUCAAUCACCAAAAGGUGUUGGUGCUGCUCAAUUGAAUAGGGUAUCUUCUGUUGCCUCACAUGAAAGUGAAUUGCCAUUGGCAAAAUCAAUGAGAUCGUGA